UCUCUGUGGGGAGUGGGCGCUUGUGACACCUCUUCUGCUUCAGAUAACGGUGAAAGACAUCCAAGACUUCGAAAAGGGCUACAAAGGUUCGGAAGAAGAGCUCGCCGACAUUAAAGUGGCGUACGUCGAUUUUAAGGGCAACAUGGACAGGAUAAUGGAGUCUGUGUUGUGUGCAGACUACACCGACGAGGAGCGGAUACGCCAAGCCAUCGAAGCAGCCAUUGAAGCUGGAGAAGUCCCAUCCUACAAAAGUUUUGUGCAAGAGUCGAAGCAGAAGAAGAUGGCAAGGAAAAGGCGGGCAGAAAAAGAAGCUAAGGAGGCAGAGAAGACCAGAGAUGAACUUGGCCUUGGUGGAGAAGGUGACUUGAAAGCACUGAUUGAAAGCAGAAAAAAAGAUCGAAAAAAGGAAAUGGAUGACUUUUUGGCCCAAAUGGAAGCAAAAUAUGGGAAUACUGCUAAAAAAGGAGGAAAGAAGACUGCAGCCAAGAAGGGAAAGAAAUAG